AUGGAAACCCGUGACACUGCGACGUCCCAAAACCAGCGAGUUAAAUAUGAGUGCAAAACGUGCUGUAAAACCGUAUAUUCAAAGUCACACAAACGAUCUCACGAUGAAGUCCACCGAUCUAACCGGUACGCAUGCAGUCGUUGCAACAAAACGUACGUGCACAAGCGAGAUUUGGAGCUGCACCGUAAAGUACACAACGAGCCCGGUCGACAUCAUUGCACCCGAUGCACGGGAAGUUUCGACAGUGAAGCUCAACUGCAGUCACACAAAGAGUCAAAACACACGCCCAAAGAAAAGUUCGCCUGUAAGCAGUGUCCUCUAAAAUUUACCCUUAAAGGAAAUCUCACUAAACAUCUAGUCGUACACAGUGGCAAGCGAUCGUUUCCAUGUAGCGAAUGUGGCAAAUCGUUUCUACGCACGAACGCAUUAAAACAUCACAUGUUGAGCCACCGUACGAAACGAUAUCAGUGUCAGUCCUGCGGCAAGGAAUUUGUUGAUGCUCGCAACCUUGAGCGGCACCUGAAAACUCACUCGCGACUUAAAAGCUUCAAGUGCUCGAUCUGCGGUGUUACCAGCACGCGAAGGGACAACAUCGUACGCCACGCGAAAAGCUUUCAUCCCGAGCGCGAUCUGAAGCACAUCGUUCUUGCGAACGGACACGUGUCCGAGGGCCAAAUGGAAGCAAUCAAACGGGAAGCGCAAAAAAGUACCAAACCGGAAGUGUCUGUACCGAGCAAUCGGAUAAGCGUGAUACAAGUUGUUGGCACGCCAAAAACACCGAUCGUUCAUCAGCAGCAGGGUGGUGAACGUACAACCGCGCACGAAACCGUACCGGUCAAAGAACCGAACAACGCCCAGUCAUCAGCUAGACCAGAAGCAUUAAAGGUCGCAUUUAACACGCGUCUCGACAAUCUAGAAAUCUAUCGAAAGAUCCUGAAACCUGGCGCAACGCAUAGCAAUAGCAGCCAAACUGCCAACUGCACCACGACGGAAGUAGGUCAAGCUAACCUCCAAACUGGUGACAGUCAAUCGAAUAAACACAUCCGCCAGACGUCGGGUGAAUUCGGGGCUUUUAAUAAACCGAGCGAAACAGCAGCAGGUGGCAGUGACGGUACGGAUGGUGGAAACCCUGCUAAUGGUAGCAGCAACGGCAGCAGCAGCAGCAGUGGUCUAGGAUCUAUUAAUAAUUUCUGUGAAGUUCACUGGCGGAAGCGAACCUCGCAGUACUUUAUUACCAGCAGCAAGGCACAGACCGAUCGUGGGGUUGUGUAG